AUGGCCAUCUCCAAGAAGGCAGGCGCCAAAAAGGCCGGUGCCGCCUCCAAGCCACCUCCUUCCAAAGGCGCGCCGUCCAAAGGUGGUGUCGCCAAGGCAGAUUGGAGGGAAGGCUUCAAAAAGGCCCAAGCUGGUGUUUCCGAUAUGACGCUCCUCUCCAAGGUCACCAACGAAGCCAUCAACGAGAACCUCCAGAAACGUUUCCAGAAUGCAGAGAUCUACACAUACAUUGGCAAUGUGCUCAUCUCGGUCAACCCAUUCCGCGAUCUCGGCAUCUACUCCGAAGACAUCCUCCAGUCCUAUCGCGGCAAGAACCGUCUCGAGAUGACGCCGCACGUGUUUGCCAUCGCUGAAGGCGCCUACUACAAUAUGAACGCCUACAAGGAGAAUCAGUGCGUUAUCAUCUCGGGCGAAUCGGGCGCGGGUAAGACGGAAGCCGCCAAGCGUAUCAUGCAGUACAUCGCCGCCGUCAGCGGUGGCUCCAACUCGGGCAUCCAGGACGUCAAGGACAUGGUGCUCGCUACCAAUCCGCUCCUCGAAAGCUUCGGCUGCGCAAAAACGCUCAGAAACAACAACUCGUCCCGUCACGGCAAGUACCUCGAAAUCAUGUUCAACGCGCAAGGCGAGCCGAUCGGUGCCAACAUCACCAACUACCUCCUCGAAAAGAACCGCGUCGUCCAGCAGAUCCGCGACGAGCGCAACUUCCACAUCUUUUAUCAGUUCACCAAAGCUGCCACGGCAGCCCAUCGCGAAAACUACGGCAUCCAAGGUCCCGAAGCCUAUGCCUACACCGCCAACAGCCAGUGUCUCGACGUCAACGGCAUCGACGACCAUGCAGACUUCAGGGAGACCAUCAGCGCCAUGAACACCAUCGGUCUCUCCGCCGACGAGCAGGACAACAUCUUCCGCAUGAUCGCCGCCAUCCUCUGGAUCGGCAACGUGCAAUACGUCGAGAACCAGGAGGGCAACGCAGAGAUUUCGGAUCCAGGUGUCCCAGACUUUGUCGCCUACCUUCUCGAGGUCGACGCCGGCAACGUCACCAAAGCUCUGACACAGCGCAUCAUGGAGACGCAACGCGGCGGACGCAGAGGGUCGGUCUAUGAGGUGCCGCUCAACCCAACCCAGGCUGCCGCCGCUCGAGACGCCUUGGCCAAAGCCAUCUACAACAACAUGUUCGACUGGAUCGUCGAGCGCAUCAACCAAUCCAUGAACCCAAGAGCGCAGAGCGCCAACGUCAUUGGUGUCCUCGACAUUUACGGCUUCGAGAUCUUUGACAACAACUCGUUCGAACAGCUCUGCAUCAACUACGUCAAUGAGAAGCUCCAGCAGAUCUUCAUCGAGCUCACCCUCAAGAAGGAGCAGGAGGAAUACGCGUACGAGCAGAUCCAGUGGACGCCCAUCAAGUACUUCAACAACAAGAUCGUCUGCGAUCUCAUCGAGGAGAAGCGUCCGCCGGGCAUCUUUUCCGCCUUGAACGAUGCCUGUGCCACCGCCCACGCCGACCCCACCGCUGCCGACAACUCGUUCAUCCAGCGUACCGGCAUGCUCUCGUCCAAUCCGCAUUUCGACUCUCGCGGCACCAAGUUCCUCAUCAAGCAUUAUGCCGGUGACGUCAUGUACAACGUCCAAGGCAUGACCGACAAGAACAAGGAUUCGCUCCUCAAGGACAUCCUCGACCUCGUCGACUCGAGUGCCAACUCGUACCUUCAGAAGCUGUUCCCCGACCGUCCCGACCCCAACAGCAAGAAGCGGCCCCCCACCGCCGGCGACCGCAUCAAGUCCAGCGCCAAUGCUUUGGUCGAGAACCUCAUGAAGGCGCAGCCGUCUUACAUCCGUACCAUCAAGCCGAACCAGAACAAGAGCCCCAGCGAGUACGACACGCAAGCCAUCCUUCACCAGAUCAAAUACCUCGGUCUGCAGGAGAACAUCCGUGUCCGCCGUGCUGGUUUCGCCUACAGGAACACGUUUGAAAAGAUGGUGGAGCGCUUCUACCUCUUGUCGCCCAACACGUCGUACGCGGGAGAGUACACCUGGCAGGGCGAUGCCCGCAGCGGUUGCGAGCGCAUCCUCACCGACACAGGCAUCGCUCGCGAGGAGUGGCAGAUGGGUGUCACAAAGGCGUUUAUCAAGAACCCCGAGACGCUGUUUGCGCUCGAGACCAUGCGAGAUCGAUACUGGCACAACAUGGCCAUGCGUAUCCAGCGCGCCUACCGCAACUACCUGCGCUACAAGGAGGAGUGCGCCAGGCGAAUCCAGCGCAUGUGGAAGAACAACAAGGAAGGCCUGCAGUACAUUCAGCUGCGAGACUACGGUCACCAGGUGCUCGCCGGGCGCAAGGAACGCAGACGAUUCAGUCUCCUUGGUUCGCGUCGCUUCAUGGGUGACUACCUCGACGUUGGUGGAGCCAACGGCAAGGGUGGCGGAAGUGCCGAGGGUCAGAUGCUUCGACAGGCUUCAGGUAUGGCGCCCGGCGAAUCAGUGGCUUUCAGCAGCCGUGCUCAGUUGCUCGUGUCUCGCCUGGGUCGUUCGAGUGUGCGAAGUCCACGCUUCCUUAUCUUGACCGACAAGGCUGUGUAUAUCCUGGUCACACAGCUUGUCAACAAGCAGGUCUCGACCACGUGUGAGAGGCGCAUCAACCUCGGUGCCAUCUCGGCCGUGGGUCUGUCCAACCUGCGCGACGACUGGUUGGUGCUCAAUGUCAACAAUGCCGAAGAGGCCGACCCCAUCUUGCACUGCUACUUCAAGACGGAGCUGGUGACGCACCUGCUGCAGAGGACCAACGGUGCCAUCAACGUGAUUGUCUCGAACACUCUCGAGUACUCGAAGAAGAAAGGCAAAAAGGCGCAGAUCACGUUCAAGAAGGACGAAACCGUGCAGAAGGACGACGUCUACAAGAGCAGUGCGGUCUCGGUGGGCUCGGGUGAACCCGCCAACAGCGUCUCCCGACCUGCACCCAAGAAGAAGCCUGGUCUGGUGCGACCCAUCACCCAGGGCAAAUUGCUGAGGGCUGGAGGACCAUCGAACGCCAACAACAAGCCAAAGCCUCGUGCCAUUCCUCGUUCCACCCCUGUCGCAGCCAAGCUGCCUGGUAGCGGCGGUGCUGCCGCCACCGCAGGCCGUCCCGCUGCGGCGAUAAGCUCGGCAAGCUCGACGGGUGGUGCUGGAGCAACUCGUUCGGCUCCACCACCGCCGCCGCCUCCGCCCGCAGCAGCUGCGCCUGUCGAGCCUCAGGUGCCGCGCUACAAGGCAUUGUACGCGUUUGCUACCGAGAAUGCGGGCGAGAUGGCGCUCGAGAAGGAUGAUGUGGUCGAGGUGACGCAAAAGGACGAGACGGGCUCGGGAUGGUGGUUGGUCAAGAAGAACGGCGUCGAGGGAUGGGCUCCUUCCAACUACCUCGAGCUGAUCCCGCAAGCUCCACCAAAACCGAAAGCGGCACCUGCACCACCCGUCAAGCGAGCACCUCCUGCUGCGCCUGUGGCAACCAGCGCCGCGAGCACGCCAGCUGCCAGCAGUCGACCCGCUGUAGCAGCCAAGCCCGCAUUUGGCGGUGCUGCUCCGGUCGUGCAACCCAAGCCGGUGGUCAGGACUGCGCCCGCUGGUGGCAAACCGCACGAGCGACCCGCAGCAGUGCAAGCGGAUGCAGGUGCGGCGCCUGUCGCUGUGAUGCCCGGUCUCGGGGCACCUGGUGGAUUCGCUGCCGUGUUGGCCAAGAAGAAGGCAGAAAACGCAGCAGCGGCUGCAGCUGCCAAUGGAAACGGUGCUGCGAACGGUGCGCCUCCCGCUGUGGCUGCCAAGCCGGCUGUAGCUCCCAAGCCUGCGGCUGGCUCGAACGGUCGAGCUAUGCCACCCCCACCUCCGCGUCGUUAG